CAGACACACGCCAUUGGUAGAGUUGAGCGCCAAACUUGUUGACUCAGAAGCAAGCGCGCGGCUCGUCAGCGUCCUCCUCCUCCUCUUCUUCCUCUUCCUCCUCUUCCUCCCGAUCUGAUUGCACGCGCCGUUCAGCGGGGAUUCAUUUCUCUUCAUUCUCCACCUCCCCCAGCCCCAACAACCAUUGUUUUUUUUUUGUGGUGGGGGUUGUUCUUUCCGCGCAUCUUUCUCAGGUGGAUUCCAACCAAGCCGCCGCCCUCCAUUUAGGAGCCCCAAUUUCUCCACUUGAAAAAAACAAAAACCCCGGUACUGUCUGAGAGAUGGCUUUCAUGGUGAAGCACGUGGUUGGGGGCCAGCUGAAGAAUUUGACGGGCGGGCUGACGGAGGAGAAACCCGAGGCGGAGAAGACGGACGCGGCGGCGCAGGGGAUGACCCAAGAGGAGUUCGAGCAGUACCAGCAACAGUUAGAGGAGGAGAAACAAGAACGAGAGGCUAAUUUUGCCCAGAAGAAAGCCGAGCGAGCCACCGUGAGGAGUCAUUUUCGGGACAAGUACCGACUACCAAAGAACGAGCUGGACGAGACCCAGAUACAGCAGGCGGGCGACGACGUGGUCCUCCCCACCGAGCUGGCCAAGAUGAUCGCCGAAGACAACCAGGAGGAGGCGCACAAGCAGUCGGUGCUAGGCCAACUGUCCAACCUGCAGAACGUCGACAUGGACCAGCUCAAGGACAAGGCCCAGGCCACGCUGGAGGACCUCAAGAAGCAGACGGAGAACUGCAGCCUCAUGUGAUGUCAGGAAACAAAGAUUGCUCACAGGUGGAGCUUCAAGGAAGGAGGAAGUAGCAGUCUAAGUGUUUGUUCGCGUCGCGCACCAAUUUCAAAUGCUGUUACGGUUUAAAAUAACUGUUUUGCUCUUGAUUGUUUUUAUUAUUAUUUAUUGGCAUUCGUGUAUUGGAACGUUACAUUGUCAGAUUUUUUUAACACAAAUUAUGAGAAUUUUUGGUACACUUACACUGACGUACUAAUCCAAAUAAUAUGGUACUUAAAGGGCGGAGCCUGACACACAGCCAAACACUGAUUGGUUGACAGAAAAGAUUCACAGGAAAUAUCUUUUUCUUUGAACUUUUGUAGAUCGUUUAAAAAAAGGUUUGGGGUAUCUUGGAGUUAUGGGGCCAAUGUUGCAAUCAAAAACUGUGUCGUGUGAACAGUUCCUGAAGCUCUCUGCUCCCUUUUCCAGAAGCUCUUCCUCUGAGAAACCGAUGGUCUGUGUCAGUCAAGUCCUUCCUUUUUCGCUGCUACACUCAAAGAAUUCCAACAUAAGAUGGGAAUCCGCAUUAUCAACAGCUAAUUUGAUUUCGCUGACAAAGCCAUCCCGUUAGGAGGAGUAUAAUGUAUUAAAUUUGGGCACUCGCUGUGGCUUUUUACGGGGAUAAGCAUUUGAAAAGCAAUAAAAAUAGCAACCUUAAGUAAGAUUUUGUCCAAUUUUAGUAUCUACUACGACCUGGAAGCUACAGUUAACAUGAAGCCUUUUUACCAUUUUUUGGGGUUUUAUUUUUGAAUAAUUUAUUUUCACGUUAAUAACCGAUGAUGUCUGAGAAAAUAAGCCAUGUGUCAAUUUAGGGUCAUUACUGUGUGCAAUACCUGGGUGUAAAGACAUAGCUCCCCUAAUUUUUCCCAAAUUGAGCCAUCACUACCGAGUGGGAAAGCCUUGUCUUUGUGCUGCACAUGGAAGUGUAGCGAAAAAUACUCAAAAAUAAUACGUAAAACGCUGCUAAAAACAAGUACACAUGUAAAUGCUUUUAGAGGUCAAAGCGCGACGUGAGAAUAUUGUGUCCUCAUAACGGCAAUAUUUUAUGUUGUGUGUACGCGCCGAGCUCAUUGUGUGGUGCCGUUUUGUGCCAGUGGAUUAGCUGUCGUCAAGUCGAGUGAUGUCCUCGUGAACCUCGUUAGCGCUAAUGCUAACACCGUGGCCAUCAUGGUGUCGUUUUUGGAGGCGUCCGAUUGUUGUAUUGGUGUUUGUGGACUUUUUGUGUAGCCAUGGCAAUAUAUACGCUUCUCUGUACCACUUUACAACAGGGGUACCCUUAUUCACGUGUCAAUAAUGCGACCAUAAAGCCUUUUCAGUCAUGAGCCGUUUAUCAGUGUUGCUCAAUAUUUUUAGACAUGAUGCUAUUAGCAUACUGCAGUGUGAACUCACAACCUUAAGCCAAGCCUAAAACCUAACCUGUAAUUGACCCAACCCUAACCCUCAUCUAACCAAGUAGUCCGCAGCCUCGUUCCCAAAAAUUUUCUUACCGGUGACGGGACUUUGUGAUUUCCGAGAAAUGUUGUAAGAACCUGCAGAAACGUACAGAAAUAAGGUGAUACAUAAUUGAUAUUUAUCUUUCUCUGACCUGAUCUUAAAGUAUUGUUGAUGACCACCGUGAGGAAUAUUUAAUUAUAAUCUAUUCAUUAUAUGUUAAAGUAAUUUGAGCAAGUUUGUAACGUCAUAAUUGUGCAUCAAAAUUGGUAGCCCUUGGCUUCAGUACUCAAGAAGUCACUCUCAGUUUCAAAAAGUUGACCCUCAGGCUACCAUAACCCUUUACGACUCUGACAUCAACUUACACUAACCGCAAGAUAAGCAGCAUCUGUUUAUGAAGUCUUAUAUGAAGUAUAACGGGUUCAGAAACUAAUGAAUAAUUGUCCAUGCUACCCUUACCGUAAAAGUGGUACUCACCUCACAAACCUGUGUUCCUUUACCAAAUUUGUUUUCUGUGCUUUUAGGUUCUUCUUUUUUUUUUUUUUUGUAAAUAAACUGGUGUGUAUGUGUGUGUUUGUUAAAAGCAAAUGUGUUAUACAGUUGCAUUGAGGGACAGCGAUUAUGGACAAUAAUAUUGUGACUGUUGGAAAUGUUCCUUUCCACCAAAUUCAACAGAGCACACCAUUAUGGCUCUGGCGUUGUGCAAUAGGAUGUCCAAAUUGGUUAAACAAUCAAUCAGAGGGCGUGUCUCAAUAUUUUUGCCCGUCAAAUGAAUGAAUGGAUGGACGCUGAGGAAAUCCUCGUUGCUCUGGUUCUUGUCACGUGAUGGUGAUAGAACAGUAGAUGUUCAUCAUGAAAAACAAGAUAAAGUAGCAAUACGUUUUUUUAAUGUUUUUUUUUAAAUAUUGCUACUCGGACGUAUCUACUCUAAUAAUAAUAACAGUAAUCAUAAUAAUAAGAAUAAUAAAGGGGGAAGCGAAGCCAUAAGAAACGAGACUUGCUUGCUUUGUAUAAGUGUGUUUUGUCUUUCUCGUCGAAUAUUUCUGUCAUCCGGUCUCUGACGGGACUUUCAAUUGCAAUAAACAUAUUUUUGGAUAAUGUU